GAUUUAGCCCGGUGGAAAAACCGCCGGAGGAGUGCUUCCCAGGACUUGCUGAAAAAAGAAGCUGAGAGGAAGAAGAUGGAGCAGCUACUCAUUGGAGGAGAGGGGAGCAAUGAGAGACGGAAGAGCAUCAAAACGUACCGAGAGAUUGUGGAGGAGAAAGAGAAGCGGGAACGAGAACUUCAUGAAGCCUAUAAGAACGCCAGGUCUCAGGAAGAGGCCGAUAGGAUUCUCCAGCAUUACAUCGAGAGGUUCACCAUCAGCGAAGCUGUCCUCGAACGCCUGGGGAUGCCAAAACUUUUGGAAAGAAGCCAUUCGGUGGAGCCAAAUGCCUCCUCCCCACCCAAGGACCCCAACCCCCUCCGAUAUUUACGCCAGCAGUCGCUUCCGCCCCCGAAAUUCACUGCCACGUUCGAAGCCACCAUCGUCCCGACCACUGGAUCGGAGGCCAGCAUGUCCACCAGCUCCCCCUCCUCAAGCAGACCCUCCGGCUGCGUGGCGAUGCCUCUGGUGACGCCAAAGCCUUACUCCCAGCCGAAAGAGAGCCGGGAGGUUUUGAGAAACUUCAAG